CUUGACAUGUAUCUAAACCACACAGUACUCCACCAUAUUCAACUCCCCGCACCUACCCAUUAUCCUCUCUCUCCCCUUUACUCUCUCUCUCCCCUCCCUCACUCUCUCUCUCUCUCCAAUUCUCUCUCCAAAUGGGUCAGAGCCUCUUGGAAGCGCUGAACGUCCGCGUCGUGGGCUCCGGCGAGAGGACCCUGGUCUUCGCCCACGGCUUCGGCACCGACCAGUCGGCGUGGCAGCGCAUUCUCCCCUCGUUCCUGCCCUACUACCGCGUCGUCCUGUUCGACCUCGUCUGCGCCGGCAGCGUCAACCCCGACUACUUCGAAUUCCGGCGGUACACCACCCUCGACUCCUACGUCGACGACCUGCUGCACAUACUCGACGCGCUCGGCGUCGAGCGCUGCUCAUACGUCGGCCACUCCGUCUCCGCCAUGAUCGGGAUCCUCGCCGCCAUUCGCCGCCCUGAGCUGUUUACUAAACUCAUCCUCAUUGGAGCUUCCCCUAGAUUCCUAAACGAUGGAGACUACCACGGCGGAUUCGAGCUGGCCGAAGUCGAGAGAGUCUUCUCCGCAAUGGAAGCCAACUACGAGGCCUGGGUCCACGGCUACGCCCCGCUCGCCGUCGGGGCCGACGUCCCGGCCGCGGUCCGGGAAUUCAGCCGCACUCUGUUCAACAUGCGGCCCGACAUCUCCCUCUUCGUCUCGCGCACGGUGUUCAACAGCGACUUGAGGGGCGUCUUGGGCCUGGUCAAGGUCCCCUGCUGCAUCAUCCAGACGGCCAGGGACGUCUCUGUGCCCGCGUCGGUGGCGGUGUACUUGAAAACCCACCUCGGCGGGCGAAACACGGUGGAGAUGCUCCCCACGGAGGGCCACUUGCCCCACCUGAGCGUCCCGCCGUUGCUGGCGUCGGUUAUCCGGCGUCACCUCCCACGGUGACUAGUCGUGCUACGGGGCCCACCAUAAUAAUACCAUCUCCGUCUGAAAAAGAUUGUUCAGUUCACAAAACGAAACCUUAAAACUCAUGCAUUUUAUCAAAAGAAAUUCGAACAUUUUGACGUCGAUUGCGUUUCUUUUCUAAGUUCUCGUUUUGUCGACGGGACAAUAUUUUCGGCACGGCAGAAGUAUCAUAUAGUUGUGGGUCCAAGAUAUAAGGAUAUAAGUACAUCUACAUACUGUGUGGGGACCCAAGGGAGUCUCUUUCACUUUUAAUUUAGUAACAGAUUGGAAAUAAAGAGUGGAGAUGUUGGACACCUGGCGAAUAAGGUUUGUGGAGGCUAGAGGUUAAAAAACAUCGAUAUCUUCGUUUGAGGAUAAGGAUCUGCACGUGAUGGUCACGUGAUGACGUAACCAUUUUUUUGUGUCUUCCUCUUUUUUGUUUUUUUUUUUGUUUUUGUUUUUUUUGUUGGUGUUACUGUUUUGUCCCUGCUUUCAUUUUCUUUUCUGACUUUAUUUGGCAAAUGCCAACGGAGGAAAAUGGAAAAUGAUAGGAAAACUUUUCUUAUGUAUAUACUUUUGUUGAAAAAUCUCAUGCUUGAAAGAAUAU